CAUUGCACUAACGACAUCGGCCAGACACACACACACACACACCUGAUUCUGUCACUUUUGAAUCUAUACCCUUUGCUCUCUUUUCCAACACGACGACCCCCAUCCACGACAAAACGAACGACGGAUUUGUACUGGGUGCAUCCGUCCAACUCACGCACCGCCCCGCCCCGAUCCCCCGAUCCCCAGACCGCAGUUUGACACUCGUUGGAUCGACAAAAGUACGACGCGCGACGAGCACCAGCAGUUAGGCGCAGUAAGCCAGAGGGAUACGCCCGCCCUCGUCGUCGCCUCCUCGCGUCUUCCUCGCCUUCCUUGCCCCUCUCUCUAGAACCUCUCCCGGGCCCCCCGUCACGACCACCGCCUGCGCGACCAACGCGCGGUUUGAUCGCCCAGCCAGUGCGCCCGGUAGCGCCCAGCCUCCUUGCCUCGCUCAACCCUCCGUGCUAGCACCCCCCGUCCAGGACACGACCCUCGCCCUGGGCCGACGAGCAGAGCAUCGACAGCAGCAUGGACAGGAUCUUUCGCAAACGGACAAUGUCCGGCUCGCGACUCGGGCGCAGCAAGACGGCGAAGAACAAGACACCGCCCGUCGCCCCGCUCCCACAGCUACCCCCCAGCCUCGAUGUUGACAUUCGCUCCUCGCUCAUUUUACCAGGCCUGACGGAGCGGUUCUCUGUUCUCCUCCCUACCCUGUCGUCUGCGCCCGAGACAUCAGUCCGAACCCUGCUUGCGCAGCAACGCAACAGACCGAAUGGGCCAAGUUUGACGCUCGAGGAAGAGGAAAUGCUGUUCGCCGAGAUGCAGAUGCAGGGGCAAUCCAACGGCAACGGCAACAGCAGCCGUGGGCAGUACACACCACGCGUUGUCGAGUCGCGCGCAUCGGCCUUGACCACGGACACGUGGGACGGCAACCCGCCGCCGCUGGAGGGCGACUGGGCAUCGCUGGUCGACCGCGGCGCCAGUGCCAUCAGCGGCUCCCUGUCGUCGCCGAGCCUUCGAGAACGUGCGACCCGCUCAGGCCUGUCAACCUCGACUUCAGACCGGCAACUGUCGCCAUCGACUUCAGAUCGCUCCCUUGGUUCACCCCCGCACUCGGCGUCCUACUCAUCCUUCAACACGUUUGGGCCCGACGAAGGUCGCCCUGUGCCCCGGUCGUAUGGCUUCUCUGGCAGUCAAGGCUGGCGCGACGCCAACUACCUCCGAACGGUGAAGAAGAAUGCCAGCAAGACGAGUGUGGCAACAAACGGACAUGGGGACCACAACCCAGAGUCGUCGACGUCGCCAAAGCAGACACCUUCGACAUGGUCCGCUUCCCCCAAGGCUACGACCCCCAAGAGGAAACCAUUGCCCGAGAUCUUUUCACUCAAUGAGUCGACAGAGGAUCUCCACGAGCAGCGAGAUGUCAGCCAGAGCCCAUCGAGCUCGACGCGGACAGUUACCCCAACUGCAGUUGUCAGCGGCGCCGUGGUGCCAGGCCCAUCGCGGUCAGCACCCACCCGCGCUUCCCAGACUUCUUCCUCAUCGCAUCCCGAUGAGGCAGAGUACACUACGCCGUUGACCGCCAACUCGGCAUUCUCAAAACCCAGGCCUCGUGCUCAGCCUGUCGGAGGUUCAACACAGCAGAGACAAUCGCUUCUCGUUGGCAUCACUCCCCAGCAGGCCAAGCGGAUAUCCAUGGCCCUGCUCGAGAUUGACGGCCACCUUGGACGCGAACCUGCCGGUCACUCGUCUCAGAGCUCGCACGAUUUCAGACACGACGACCACGAGGAGCUGCUGGAAGGCGACGAGGACGACGUGGAGGAGGGAGAGCAGACUGUCACACUGGACCGCCAGCGCUCGUUCACGUCUACAUCUGCUGCUUCGUCAGUCUUCCCCUUCAGUGUAUCGCCUGCAUCCAGCAAUCACGGAGGUGCUGGUUCGUACCAGGGAAGCAUGGCUCCUCGCAGCCCUGCAGGCGAACCGACGCCGCCUCCCACAGUCCCCUCAUUACCAUCGUCACCGCAGGCCGCAAAGGAUCCGCACCUUGACCAGCAUACGCCACCGCCGCACAAUCGCCAUGCCUCGCCAAGCCGAGGACGCCACUACCAUUCUGCCUCCAUUACUUCCACAGCAUUUAGCGGAGAGGACGAUGGGCACUUCCCACAACCUGCCUUGACACCAUACAGACCUCAACCGGUUCGCGCUACGCCCUCACCGGCCUUUGGCAUGUCGGGCACUGGAUCGACAUAUAUCCCUGGCCAGCCGCGGCCAGUCCGGUCCGUUUCAUCAGCGGGCUCUACACCCACUGUUGGUUCACCGCAAUCACCGUACUCGCCUCCUCACGCGAACGAAACUCUGCCUAGAAGAUUACAGUACGCCAGCCCUGGUAGCAACGCGGCCCCUCUCCCGCAGACGCAGACGCGCACCAGCGUCACGAGGGCGCCUUCGGCGGCGACCCACUACAGCAAUGGCUCCAUCUCUCAGACUAGGAUCGAGCACGUACCGGCACCUGGAGUGCUCGCAUCAAGGCAUGCCGCCGGCCACAGCAUCAGCGAGUCGCUCAGCCACUGGCGCUCUGGGUCCGCCCUCAACAUUCAUUCGCCGCCGAUGUCUCGCGUGCUGAGCGAAGCGGACGAGGCACGGAGCAGCUACGCGUCGGCUCAUUCUCACCGAAGCAGCUCAGCUCAGACCCAUUCGCGCUCACACUCUGCCGACCCAGGAUUCCGCUCGGCCAUGGUUACGGCGGGAGUGGUGGCCGGUGCUGCAGGUGCCGGUGUAGCUGGUGCCGCCAGCGCCUCUUCCCUUGGUCUUACUCGCGCGCCGUCGCUUGGGCUUGCGCCCAACCAAACUCUGCGCCGGGCGGCCUCCUACGAUUCAUUCAGCUCCGACUACAAGAUUACGCCGACAGACGAGUUGCAGUCAGGGUGGGAGCCUAUUAUCCACGAGCACCGACCCUCAGAGGAGAACAUUCUUUUGUUGUCCACAGGCGAGGACUGUGAGGACGAGGCCGAAUACCUCAAGCAGGUCAGCGGCGUCUGCAAGGAUGACUUGUCCGCCAUGCAGGACCGCCUCAUGGAGCGGGCCAAGGCGGAGCGUGAAAGGCAGAGAGCCGCACACUCACUGCCGACAUCGCCUGAAGCUGCCCCGAAGGUUCCUUUGGUCGCUUCGCCGCCUGCUGUCACAUCGCGCUCCUUGGAGACAGAGGCCCCUCCGCAACAGAACCACACGCAUCCGGUGCCCUUCCCUCAUGGCUCGCAGGUGUCCCUCGUCUCGGCGACUCCUGCGACAUCACCGCCGUUCCCCAAGACGCCGUCGCAGACAACCCUCGUCGCCGCCAACAAGCCAUCCCCACCUCGGGAGCGUGGCCCACCAACAGCCUGGAAGACGGCUGGCGCGGCCUCGUCAUCGACAGUCCACCUCCCUGUGGAUACGGUUGCAUCGACCCCGUCCCCCUUGGACCCCAAAUUCCCGACCGAACAUGUGCCUGCGUCCGAGUUACCGAAGGGACCUCCUCCGCCUAGACCGCAGCACCCUGCCGAAGCACCGGUGGUCCUGCCUGUCGCACCGACGACACCUGAGGCUGGCGUUGUCAAGGCUGAGGAGGAGGACGACGCUCGACACGAUGUGGAGAUGAGGAUCAGGCAGGCCAACGCCGAGUUGUUCCGUGCGCCGUCCAAGAGUGCGCACAAGAGAUCACUCUCGAAGAAGCACAUCUCGACGCCGACUCUGGUUUCCACCUCGCACAAUCAGCCCACGACCCCGAUUACGCCGGCCAAGCCCGAGGAGAAGGAACGUCAUCUCGGUCGCAAGAUGAGCAUGCGUUGGAAGAAGCUGGUACACAAGAAGUCGAGCAUUUCAGGAGCCGACGCCAUUCCACCAGCUCCCGCAGUGGUCGCCACUCCGGUGACCAACCACCGGAAGAACAAGAGCCAAGACAACACUCAUCCCCCGACGCCUCCGAGCCCCAAGGCAGCCAAGCAGCCCAAGCCUCCUGUGCCGCCGCUGCCAAAGUCGCCUCCAGAGCCUGUCAUCAAGAAGACCAAGGCCCCCAACCCCACUCCUAGGUCUGAUAUCAGCGCAUUCAAGUUCCCCUACUCGAGCAAUGGCAAUGGCGCCAACGGUACACACUCGGAUGACACACCGAAGGUCAACGGUCGCAUCGCCAAGGGUGGCCCUCCUCCUUGGGGCGCGCAGUCAAAGACGAACCUGUCGUCAACCCAGUCGCCGCCGUUGAAGUCAACCCUCAAGGCCCCCACCAACAACGACGCGUCACGGAGAGCGCACACACCGACUGCGUCUGAUAGCUCUGUCGCCGAGUCAAUCCACAAGUUUAUGGAGGCUGGCAGGGCUGUUGGCCUGGAUGACGACCGACUGAACGACGUCCUGGUUCAGAAUGCCAUUCUCGACCGUUCGGCUACAAGCAACAGCUCGUUAUCUUACCAGUCCACCGCACCGACGACAACGACGUUCUCAGAGUCCUCGCGCUCCCCCGUGUCGCCGACCGUGCCGACCAACGCGUUCUCUGAGUGGGCUCCUUCCAAGGGUCAGCACAAGGCCAAGGUGCGAAGCAGGGACGAGUUUGGGCACGAUCUGCGCUCGGUCCCCGAGAUCAACUUCCAGGAGCCCGGAGUCUUGCGCCGCACGCUCGUGGUGCCCUCAGACUCUGACCGUACUCCUGAGCCUCAGGCGACUCCGAACGCCAACCCUCUGGCCCUGCCGCCGUCGCCCCAGGACGCCAACUACUCGCUCAAGGGUCCCGCCUCGCCUGGUCUCAGUGUUGGCAGCUUUAGCAGCAAUGGAAGGCAAAACUCUAUCCGGCGCAAGCCUGUGAAGCUCUCGGCUGCGGAAGAGCGUGAGAAUGAUUCCCGGAGCCCAGUGUCGUCGGUCGACACGCGUGACCGCAAGGUCUCGAGCUUCUCGGUUACGGACAGCGAGGUGUCCGAGGUGUUAGCUCCUCCGUCGCGCCAGUGGAACGGUAUCCCCGACUCGCCUCGGCGUCAAUUCUUCGGCGGUAGCGGCACCGACAGUGCCCGUGCGUCGCUCGACUCGUCGCGUGGUGGUGGCAGCAUCUACGACUACUAUGGCGGCGACAACGGUGGCGACCGCGGCUCGCAGGCAGUUGAGAUCACCGAGUACGCCGACGGCCGCGUCGUGUGGAACAUUGUCAACGCUCUGCGUGGCGACCGCGGCUCUACGGCCGAAGCUUCAUAUCACGACCAGCGCGAGUCGCUCGUGUCGUCGGGGCGCCAGUCGUCCGAGGUCAACGAGCGCGACAGCGUGGCCCAGUACGGUGAGACGACAGCUUGGAGCGUCGGUCCGACUGCGGGCUUGGCGUUCCCUCGCCGUCCCGAAACCCGCGUCUACUACACAUAUUCUGCCGACGUUGCCGACCUGAUCGACCAGCUGUCGUCGGAACAGUUUGCCGGCGCCGCUCGUGGCCGUAUCGACAUUCACCCCAGCACCACGCCGAAUGCCAACCGCGCGGGCAUCGGUGCUGGUGGUGCGGGUUUCGAGCCCGGCCAGUUUGCUGACGCGCCGUCGCCCAUUCCUCCCGUGACGGGCUCGCGCCAGCCUGUCGUCUCGUCGCCUCUCACACCGAACAAGGGACGCUUCUUUGGCGCCGAGGCACACAACCGUUUCAACGCUGGUCUUACUGGCGGUGCCCCAUCCGACGUUCAGUCGCCCUCGGCCGCCAGCUUCCACAGCAGCAACGAGUCUGGCACACCCGAGCGAUCGGUCGAGGACCGCCUGCAGGCACUCAUGGACCGACUGCGGUCUGCUCCUGGCGGGAUUGCGCCGCGAUGAGGAGGUUGCAAAAUGUUUAAUCGUAACGUACCCUGUGAAAUGAUCCCUCGUGGGCGUUGUAAAUGAGCAUAUCUACGGAUGC